CCCACACUCUGUCUUCUUGCUAUCUGCUCCUUCUCCUUAAUUUUCAGCUCUCUAGAGAUUCAGAGAGAGAAGAAGAAUUAAGGGAAGGUUAGAGAGAGAGAGAGAGAAGAUGAGCUGCAAUGGUUGUCGAGCUCUGAGGAGGGGGUGCAGCCAGUCCUGCAUACUAAGGCCUUGUUUGGAUUGGAUUGAUAGCCCUCAGGCCCAAAGCAACGCCACCCUCUUCGUGUCCAAGUUCUUCGGCCGGAGCGACCUCAUGUCUUUCAUCGCCGCCGUGCCCGAGAAAAAUCGACCUUCUCUGUUUCUGUCCCUGUUGUUUGAAGCUUGUGGUCGAACGUUGAAUCCGGUGAACGGAGCCGUGGGGUUGCUCUCCACCGGCCACUGGCAUCUGUGCCAGGCGGCCGUCAAGACGGUUCUCAACGGCGGCACUCUGCAGCCUAUCGGCGCCGGAAUCUUAACGCCGCAGACCGACGAAGCAUCUGAGGCCUUUCGUUCCGCUCAGAAGUGGUACAACAAAAACAGUAACAAACAAUCCUAUCAAGAGAAGAAUACAGCGUCGACGAUGUCGUUCGACUCGGACGAAUCGGAGGUGUUGAUCAGCUUCGACGGUGGUGAGAAUGAAGUGACUAACAAUCUGCGAGGAGAAGAGCCAAAGCUUUUGAAACUUUUUGUAUGACUAAGUUUGAGAACAUGUAUUAGGAUUUCCGGCGACUGGUAUACUCGGUUGUUCAUGCCUUUUUGUAAUACAGAGUGGUUUUCCGAUGAAUAAAUGUGGAACUUCUUUCCCAAGUGCUCCCGGCGGCGUAUUUUCUCCGGCGUUGCACUUAUUGGAUUUUAUUUUUGUUUAUUUUGACCUAAGAA